AUGGCUGAAGAGAAAAAUCGCAGACCAGACGGCACCAUGUCAUAUCUCCCGGAGUGGCAACAAGGUAUUGCUCCUCCAGAGAAACAGACACCCCUCGUUCACGUUGAAGAGGAAACUAGUAUAACUUCGGGAUUCUUCUCCAGGCUUGUCUUUGCAGCAAUUUACCCAAGCAUUGAUAGUUUUUGGCUAGGAACUUCGUAUCUUUUGAGCUUCCAAGUAGAAGGGUCUAAUGAGAAAACGCAAACAAAUAUCGAUGAUCCAAACUCGACUUUGAAGGUUAGCAAGAUCAAUGAACAGAGAUUUUAUAUAGUCCUCGUGACGGGUAUUGAUUGGAUAUCAGCCUAG